CAAUUCUUUGCGCUCAUGUAGUGAUGGACAUCGUAACGGGCAAUCCGUUCGGAGAUUUGGUUCAUAAUGAGGACCGAUAUGAGUAUUUGAAAAGCACCGCGGACUCAUUACCUGCUAUUGCGAUGGUUUCUUCUAUACCGUGGGCAGGGAAGAUAUUACAGAGCGAAUGGAUUGCGCCAUUGAUUGCUCCAGCAUCUUCUGAGUACGGGAUUGAGAAUAUUGUUGACAUCGCCACAAAAAUGGUCAACGAAAGAUCAAUGACAAGAACAGAACCGAGGGAGAAGACAUGCUCUCCACAUUCCUUUCUAAUGGCAUCACUCCCCAAGAAGCAAUCUACGAGUCAAUGAUCACGAUCCUCGGCGGCUCAGACAACAUGUCAAUCGCUCUACGCUCCUGUCUUCUUUUCAGCAUCAUCAAUCCUCGCGUCUAUAAUACCCUUGUUUCCGAAAUCCUCUCUCAUUCUCUCCCCGCCAACCCCAUCCCCUCCUCCGCUCAGCUCCGUAAUCUUCCCUAUCUCCAAGCCACCAUAAAAGAAUCCCUCCGUAUCUUCCCUCGAGGCACAGGACAGAUGCCCAAGCUCGCUCCACCAAGCGGUGGCAAUCUCAAUGGCGUGUUCAUCCCAGGCGGGACGAACGUCGGGACAAAUCCCUCACCAGCCUGGUACGUCAUGCGCGACCCUGUCAAUUUCGGACCCGAUGCUAGCCUUUCAUACCUGAGGGACGGAUUAAUGUUGAUGAGGAGAGAAGGAAAGAGAUGGAGUAUGUGUGGGAACUGGUUUGGGGGUAUGGAAAGUAUAAAUGCCUCGGACAAGGAAUCGCAUUGGCGGAGUUAGGUAAGGUGGUUUUUCAACUACUGAGAUAUUUUGAGUGGGAGAUCGUGGAUCCGACUAAGCCGUGGGAAUGUAGGAAUGUGGGAAUUUGGAUACAGAAAGAUAUGAAUGUCAUGGCCACGGAAAGGGUUGUGGCUGGUGAAAGGUUGACAGAAACUUGAAUGUAACAAUUACUACAAAUAUGUGACGGUGAAAAGCAAAAG